AUGUGCGGCUUAGAUGCUGCUCCACGAGUGUUCCUUGUGACUACCAUGUGGGAUUCGUUAGGUACAGAGCAUUGUGAGGGGUUACUUCGAGAAUCACGAUUGGUGUCCACAAGAGAGUUCUGGGGUCGGUUUUGUCGAUAUGGCAGCCAAACGAAUCGAUGGCGUGGGGACGAGUCAUCUGCCCUUUCGAUAAUCGAUGCAUUAAUUACUCUGAGCGACAGGAAAGGUUACAAAACCCUUUUAAUUCAGAGAGAGAUUGUUGACGAAAAGAAAUCCCUGAAAGAGACAACUGCUGGACAAGAGCUGAUGGCAGAGUACGUAACGGGCGAGAAUAAAUUAUUGGAUGAACUACGAUCACUUCAAUCCGAGGCGCAAGACUGUCCGUCUGAGAUAAAAAGUUGUUUUUCAGAGCUCAGAAGAGAAAUCGAGAAUAUGAGGCGUGCGCAAAAGGAGCUAGGCGUAUCGAUCCAGGGCCUGUUUAACGAAAGAGAAAAUGCUUACGGUGAAGUUCUUUCGAAAACGCGUGAUAACCAACAAAACCUCGCAGCCGAGCUCAAAGAAGAGAGGCGGAAAUAUCAGCGGCUGCAGGAUGAAAUGAAGAGCAACGAGGAGUUGCUCGAAGAGGAACGUUAUCACUGGGAGAUCAAGCGAGCGAAGCUUGACCAAGAGGCACGCACCGGUCGUCGUAGGAGGGAGAGCAUAGACAUGGAAUAUCAACAUAUUGACGAGGAAGAACUGCUCCUUAACGAGCAGUUGGAUGAGUUUCAACAUGCGAAUGAAGAGGACAUGUCGAAGACAUCGGAAAGCGUCCUUAGGCUGAGAAAGAGGGAGGUGGUAAAGCGAAAUAUACUUCCCUUUCUGGGAGUCUUAGCUGGAGUGGGCUUGACGGUUGCCGGAGCAGUGACUGGACUCAUUCCUCUGGCGGGUGCUGGCGUGGGAUUUACUGUUAGUAGCGCUAGUGGGAUGAAUCUGUCGCGGAAAAUUCGGGGUGAAGGGCCUUAUGAGAACGGCUCUCUCGCAGCGAACUCUUUCACGGCAGCCUUUCAUGGUGCGAGUGUUUCGGAUCUGAUCCUAGGCAAUAACUAG